AUGUUCACCAUCAGCGCGGACUCGUCGCCGCAAACGGCGCCGACAACGCCCUCUUCCGUGGAAGACUCGAACAAUUCCGACGAAUAUCUACAGCCGGCCUCGACAGACCUCUGGAAUAACCCCUAUGGUACCCACGGCCAGGUCCUCUCGUCCACUAGCCUGGACAAUACCGCAGACUUUGUCAGUGGUCCGAGCGAUUUUGAGAUGGCGCUUGGAAACGGACAAGCGGAUAUGUGCUCUCUGCCACUGCAAGAUUUAAUACAUGACAGUGUCAUCUCGAACUCUCCAGUAGCCACUGUAAAUACGCCAAAUAUGGUCUCUCUCUCGACUGCAUGGUUCAACAGACUAUCGCCCUCAUCGCCCUCUCAAAAUCUACUCAUGUCUUCUCUGGCUUCACUACCCUCACCACCACCGUCCGCAACGAUGGACACGAGUGCGCUCUUCAUGCCACCGCCGACCCAGCAACAGCAGCAGCAGCAACAGCAGCGUCAGCUCCAUCAACCAUUCUCCCAACAAUCUGUAUCAGCACAGCUGGCGUCGGGUCCGAUGACGAUGGCGCCCGACGCCUUUAUGAUCAAGCCGCAAAACUCCGCAGGCACCAGACCGCCAAUCCAGACGACGACCAAUGAACACCCAAGCAGUCGAAAUUCUUUGAAAAUCGAAGGAAAUAAUAUGGGUCUAUCGAGGUUAGUGCUUUACUUUCAAUCCCCCGAGGCUAUCCGGUCCUCCUCGAUCACAUGCACGGGCUUCACGCCACCGAAUCUCCAUCCUCGCCUUGUUGCACUACACAAAUGA